GUGUGUGUGUGUGUGUGUAGUGAAUUCCCCGCAGAUCCGGCCUGGAAGUUCCCAGCUCCUGGAGUUAAGCCUCUUUGUUGCCUCCCUUCGUUUGGGGCAUCUUUGUGUUUCCCCCCGCCUGCUCCACUGGAGACCGCGGGGGUCUGGGACUGUGCUUCUCUUGCUCUGGAGGCAUUGCUUUGCAGUGCACAAGCCAAGAAUAAGCUCUAACAGAUGCUGCUAAGGCCAAGUCCAUGGCUUGUAUUGUGCCCACGUGCAAGAGGAAAUGUUCAGGUCAGCAAAGAGGUACCUUACGCUGUAAAGGAGGUUCAGGAGCAGCAGAUAGGGACAGCAGGGUUACAAAGAACUGCUCUUCCUGAGCACAACAUACAGGGGUACCUGAAUGCUAAUCUGACCCCUGCAGGCACAGGCAGCCCAGUAGGGAGCAGCUCUUUAGACACCAAUGGUAGGACAUGAGCAAAACUUGGCUUGAUGCAUCAACUGGGAACUAUCUCUCAAAGAGGACAGGAUUGCUUCAGUGAAACCUCAGCAGGUUCUUUCCUCCCUCCUUUCCUGUCUGACUUAGAGCACUGUUUGGGGGAGUGGGUGGGGAUUCAGGUGCAUCAUCUUCUAAUAUCUAUUUGCAAAAAGCUGCAGGCAAACUGUCUUGAGGGCUGCUCAUGGCCAUGCCCUUCUGUGUCUGAGUAACAGCUUGAACUGCAGUCAGAGGCUUUUUGCUCAGAGGAAUGCUUUGAAACAUACUGUUUUUAAUGGCACUGUGUUGCCAGGGGCUCUUUGUGUAUAAGUAAAAGCAUGACUCUUUGCUCUCUCUGCAGGAAGAGGACCCUAUCUGUAGUAGGACCUCCAUUUGGCAAGUGUUUUGAUCUGCUCUCUGCAAGCUAAAUAACUGAAUUAUUGAGGAGAUCUCAGAUGAGGUGUUUGUGCCCUUGCAGUCAGUGCCUUGGGAGUGGAAGAGUGGUGGGAGAUGUCAGACAGCGGCACAGUUCUGGUUUUCCUCUUCUCUGUUGAUCCCAGGUCACUCUCUGUGCCUGAAAGACUGCGAAGAGGCCCUAACAUAGCUGCUGCCUUCACUGCUGUCCUGCUGAAUUAGACAGGGCAUGGGAUGGAAAAGGGAUUAAAAAUGGGUUUGUGCCACCCAUCCCUCCUCAUGCUUACCGUGAAUAAUCUCUUCCUCUCUCCAAGCACACAGUCCCCUUUCAGUUUUGCCUCAGACCUCGCAGUGAGAAGAGAGAACAGGAUUGGAGCUGAGGAUUCUAGUGUGGCCCUGUUCCCUGCGUGCAUGCUGCCUCCCAAAGAGCACAGGGCUCCUCUCCUGGUAACUGUGGAAAAAAGGACGUGUAUCCUGUGGGGCAAGGCCAUCCUUGCAUACGUGGCCCACGUGCACUAGAGCUGUCCCCAGCCGGCAGUCCAGCCACCCUGGGACCACCAUGCCACAGGUAGCACCCAAGCUGAGCCAUGCUCGCUGUGGUGCCACUGCUCCAGGAAUCCACUGCACACAAAUCCACUGCAUCAUCUGAGGCAGCUUAUGGGACCCUUCCCCGGGCGCCCCAGGUCACACCACAUGGGAUGGCAAUGACACGUGGACGGAAGAGGCCCAUGUCCCCCAUCCCUUGCCUCGUGCUUGCAGCCGCCAGCUGUUUUGCCAAAUUGAGUGAAUCUCUGCAGGUCACAGUGCAUCCUGCUUCUAUUGUUCAAAAACUUGGAGGCCCAGUCAGCCUAGGGUGUGUGGUGGACCCCCCCCGAGUGAACCUCACCUGGAGACUGAACGGGAAGGAGCUGGCUAGAUCAGAUGAGGUGCUGGGUAUCCACGUGGAGCGAGGGAAGCUCAUCAUCACGGCUCUCAAUAACCGCACCGUGGGGCGCUACCAGUGCAUCGCUCGUGUGCCUGAAGGAGUCAUUGCCAGUGUCCCUGCAGUCGUCACCUUAGCUAAUCUCAAAGAUUUCAAGUUCGACGGCCAGCAUGUGAUCGAGGUGGAUGAAGGGAACACAGCUGUGAUUGCCUGCGACCUGCCCGAAAGUCACCCCAAGGCUCAGGUCCGCUACAGUGUGAAGCAGGAGUGGCUGGAGGCCUCCAGAGACAAUUAUCUUAUCAUGCCAUCUGGAAACCUUCAGAUAGUUAAUGCCAGCCAGGAGGAUGAGGGGACUUAUAAAUGUGCUGCCUACAACCCUGUGACACAGGAGGUGAAAACUUCAGUCUCCAGUGAGAGGCUCCGUGUGAGACGCUCCACUGCAGAAGCAGCCCGGAUAAUUUACCCUCCUGAGGCUCAGACCAUCAUUGUCACCAAGGGCCAGAGCCUUAUUCUGGAGUGCGUGGCCAGCGGGAUCCCCCCGCCACGUGUCACCUGGGCCAAGGAUGGCUUCGGCGUCUCCGCAUACAACAAGACGCGCUUCUUGCUCAGCAACCUCCUGAUUGACCCCACGAGCGAGGAGGACUCGGGCACCUACAGCUGCAUGGCUGACAAUGGCGUUGGGGAGGCCGGGGCUGCGUUCAUCUUCUACAAUGUGCAGGUGUUUGAACCCCCGGAGGUCACCAUGGAGCUGUCCCAGCAGAUCAUUCCUUGGGGCCAGAGUGCCAAGUUCACGUGUAAGGUGCGAGGAAACCCGCAGCCCUCAGUGAUGUGGCUGCGCAACGCAGUGCCGCUGUCGGGCAGCCACCGGCUGCGGCUGUCGCGCCGGGCGCUGCGGCUGCUCAGCGUGGGGCCUGAGGACGAGGGCAUCUACCAGUGCAUGGCCGAGAACGAGGUGGGCAGCGCCCAGGCCAUGGUGCAGCUGAGGACAGCCAGCCCAGGAGCUCCACUCAACCCUGGGCAAGAUGCCCAGCUGGACUUGGCUCAACCUCCAACACCACCUUCCAGGGACAGUGCCUUAAAGCUGCCCUUGGAUAAAGCUGGACUGCCAAAGCCUGGGACAACCCCUCUAGCAGCAUCUCCACAGUGUGCAGCCAACAAGGAGCUCGUGACUCCAGCUGAAGCCCCCAUCAUCCUCAGUUCUCCACGGACAUCCAAGACAGACAGCUACGACCUCGUGUGGAGACCCCGGCCUGACAGCAGAGCCCCCAUUCUCUAUUACGUGGUGAAGCAUCGCAAGCAGGUCACCAAUGCCUCAGACAGCUGGGCCGUGAGGGAUGUCCCAGCCUCGCAGCACCGCCUGACCCUCACCAGGCUGGACCCUGGGAGCCUCUACGAGGUGGAGAUGGCUGCUCACAACUGUGCCGGCGAGGGACAGACGGCCAUGGUGACCUUCCGCACCGGCCGGCGCCCAAAACCAGAGAUUGUUGCCAGCAAAGAGCAGCAGAUCCAGAAGGAUGACCCAGGCACGAGCACCCAGAGCAGUAACCAGGCCGACAACAGCCGUCUGUCCCCUCCAGAGGCACCGGACCGUCCAACCAUCUCCAUGGCCUCAGAGACAUCUGUGUAUGUGACCUGGAUCCCCCGUGGGAAUGGUGGGUUCCCCAUCCAGUCUUUCCGCGUGGAGUAUAAGAAAUUGAAGAAGUUGGGAGACUGGGUCCUGGCCACCAGCGACAUUCCUCCCUCUCGCCUCUCUGUGGAAAUCCCAGGCCUGGAGAAAGGCACAUCCUAUAAAUUCCGUGUGCGGGCGCUGAACAUCCUGGGAGAGAGCGAGCCCAGCGCGGCGUCUCGACCGUACGUGGUGUCUGGGUACAGCAACCGUGUCUACGAGCGCCCUGUGGCCGGGCCCUACAUCACCUUCACAGAUGCCAUCAACGAGACCACCAUCAUGCUCAAGUGGAUGUACAUUCCAGCCAGCAACAACAACACUCCCAUCCAUGGAUUUUACAUCUACUACCGCCCCACUGACAGUGACAAUGACAGUGACUACAAGAAGGACGUGGUGGAAGGAGAUCGGUACUGGCACUCCAUCAGCCACUUGCAGCCAGAGACCUCUUAUGACAUUAAGAUGCAAUGCUUCAAUGAGGGGGGUGAAAGCGAGUUCAGCAAUGUGAUGAUCUGUGAAACUAAAGCUCGGAGGUCUCUUGGUCUGCCAGGUCGUCUUCCACCCUCCACAGUGCCCCCUCAGCAGCGUCCCCCACUCAGUGGUGGGCACAGCGGCCUGGGGACAGGAGCCAUGGUGGCCCGUUCCAGUGACUUGCCGUACUUGAUUGUAGGCGUUGUGCUGGGAUCCAUCGUCCUCCUCAUUGUGGCUUUCAUCCCCUUUUGCCUUUGGAGAGCUUGGUCCAAACAGAAGCAAACCAUUGACAUGAGCUUCCCAGGAGCUGGGCUGCUGGUGUCAUCCUGCCAGUACACCAUGGUGCCUCUGAGAGGCAUCUCUGCUCCUCGUGCCAAUGGACAUCCCUUUGUUAAUGGGCAGCCCUAUGCCAGCAGGGCACAUCUGAAUGGCAUCUGCACCCCUGCAGGAGUGGGGUAUGCAAGCACCAAGCCCCGAGAUUACAGCCCUGAUGAAAUGCCACAGUCACAGGAGGAGACCAACACCUUGCUGCAGGCAAGAGUGCUGCAGAAUGGGAGUGCCCAGCAAGACUACCAGCCCUCCAGAUUGCCCAGCUCCAGAACAGAAGACAGCUCUUUCCUCUACAGUCUCCCAGAUGACUCCACUCACCAGCUUCUUCAGCCACAAGAUGACUGUCCUCACCUGCAAGAGCACUUUGCUGGUCUCCAUCAUCCAGUGAUAGGAAGCAAAGUGGGAGGCCCUAGCCUGGAUGCUCGACGGGAUACUCUCUUCCACCAAGGAAGCCCUUGCUGCUUAGGCCUAGUGCCAGUCGAAGAGGUAGAAAGACUAGACUGCUGCCAGUCCAGAGGAGAUCUCCAUGCCCAGAAUCUGGUGAUCACAUCUUUGGGUCAGGACCUACCAAGACAUCUGAACAGCAGUCCUCCACCACUGAGACCCUUAGAGACUCAUCCUCCCACCAGCUAGGGACCAAACUGCCUUUUACAAAAGACUUAUUCUAAAGAGAAAAAAAGAAAGGGUAUUUAUUUUUAUAUAACACCCCUAUUUAUAUAUUUAUGCACUUGUAUAUAGAUGUAUAUGUGUCUUUUAUAAUGCUAUGGAGACAGAAGGCAUCCUCAACAAGGUCACAGGAGGACCCAGGAAACAAGGCAGCAGCUCUCGGUGGCACCAUCAGAGCACACGAUGGAAACAGCUGGACAAGGGACACUGCAGGACAUGGGUCUAAACCAAGCUGCCAGCACCCUCUUGCAGCGAGGGUUUCACAACAAAUAAUGCUGCCCAAAAGGUCUUUUCCUUUCCCUCGCAGGGAGGUUUGUUCCAGGAACGCGCUCCUGUGAAUGGACUGGAGUUAUGCACUCUGCCUAAUCAACUUAAACAACCUUUCACAUACACGCCAUCUGCAGCUGCCUAUCUGUGAAGACAAAUCCACGCUUUAACAUCUAAAAUAAAGGCUUUAGUCUUUGCUG